CCACAUGGUGCUCCAGACAGGCCUUAUUUAUAGCCCCCGCAGGCAGGAGUACACAGCUGGCCGGCAGCUGCUCACACAGUUGGAUCAUACAGCAAGGCGGGCCGGCUUGCGCUGCCACCGUGUCCACUGCUCUGGCUGGAGGACAGACAGGGUCUUGAACUGCAGCUUCCUGAUCAUGCAUGUGCUGGGAGGGACCAUGUAAGUGGGUCCCUGCCACCCAUGUAGGAGACGGGGAUUGAAUUCCUGGCUGCUGGCUUUGAAACACCGCACCCCCUUCAGCCCUACCUGUGGUUUGUUGAAUAGCACGGCGUCAAAAUGGCUGAGCGCUUUGACUGCCACCAUUGCAACGAGUCUCUCUUUGGCAAGAAGUACAUCCUGAGGGAGGACAGCCCCUUCUGCGUGGCGUGCUUUGAGGACCUGUAUGCCAACACCUGUGAGGAGUGCGGGAAGCCCAUUGGCUGCGACUGCAAGGACUUGUCCUACAAGGACCGCCACUGGCACGAGGCCUGCUUCCACUGCUCGCAGUGUAGGAGCUCGCUGGUGGACAAGCCCUUCGCCGCCAAGGAAGAGCAGCUGCUCUGCACCGACUGCUAUUCCAACGAGUAUUCGUCCAAGUGCCAGGAAUGCAGGAAGACAAUCAUGCCAGGGACCCGCAAGAUGGAGUACAAGGGCAGCAGCUGGCAUGAGACUUGCUUCACCUGCCACCGUUGCCAGCAGCCCAUUGGAACCAAGAGUUUCAUCCCCAAAGAUAACCAGAACUUCUGCGUGCCCUGCUACGAGAAGCAGUAUGCCCUGCAGUGUGUUCAGUGCAAGAAGCCCAUCACCACGGGAGGGGUCACUUACCGUGAGCAGCCCUGGCACCGGGAGUGCUUCGUGUGCACGGCCUGCAAGAAGCAGCUGUCGGGCCAGCGCUUCACGGCCCGGGACGACUUCGCCUACUGCCUGAGCUGCUUCUGUGACUUGUACGCCAAGAAGUGUGCGGGCUGCACCAACCCCAUCAGUGGGAUCGGUGGCACAAAGUACAUCUCCUUUGAGGAACGGCAGUGGCACAACGACUGCUUCAACUGCAAGAAGUGCUCCCUGUCCCUGGUGGGGCGAGGCUUCCUCACCGAGAGGGACGACAUCCUGUGUCCCGACUGUGGCAAGGACAUCUGAAGGCUGCACGGCGCGGUGGCUGUGUGGCAUCUCACCAUAGCUUUGUGUAUUUCCUUCCUCCGCCAGGCAGUGUUGUCCUGGCUUCCACCAGCCAUACUGAAACUUGCCACAUACGCUUCUGAGUGCGAGUCCUGUCUGUCUGAAUCUUUUCAUCUUUUGGACGAGUUUGGUCCCAGGGAAAGUGAAGAGUCCUUAUUGUAAACCCUCGGUGGGAAGAUAGUUUGGAAUUUUUGUAGUCAUUAGGGCCAGUCCAAAUGUAAAAUUCCCUUUGAAUGAUGUCUUCAUAAACAUGGCUUUCUUUUCACUGCAUAUUUAAAUUGUAAGUGCAAUUAACAUGUCACGAGCUUGAGUUUUCAAAACUAUGUAAGAUAAUGAAGAGUCGGUACUCACAGCUUUUAAACUUCCUGUUAUGUAAAACCUAAAGAUUAUGGGAUUUACAAUAAAGUUAUUCAAAACAGAA